UUCUCUCUCUCUCUCUCUCUCUCUCUCUCUCUCUCUUUCCCAGCCAGGAAAUCUCCACGCGAAGAGGAGAAGAAGCGGCUAACGAAAACAUCGAAAAGCUCCAACACGACAGAUGCGGCUCCAGAUGCGGACACCCACAAGAAAAAUGAAGCUCGCCCUUGUCGUCCUCGCGUUCUCUGGAGCUUUCUGCACCAUUUCUGCCGACCAGCUGAAGGUGACUCGACAGGUAUACUUUGACAUCAAGAUCGGCGAGCGCGAUGUCGGCAGAAUCGUCAUCGGGCUCUUCGGCGAUGACGUACCUAAAACCGUUGAGAACUUUGCCACGCUGGCCACCACGGGUCUCAACGGCAAGACCUACAAGGGCUCCAAGUUCCACAGGGUCAUCCGCAGGUUCAUGAUUCAGGGCGGCGAUAUCGUAAAUGGUGACGGAGCCGGCAGUGUAACCAUAUAUGGCGGAAAGUAUUUCGCGGACGAAAAUUUCAACAUCAAGCAUCUCGGCCCGGGAUUUGUCAGCAUGGCCAAUGCUGGAAAGGACACAAAUGGCUGCCAAUUUUUCAUCACAACUGUAGAGACUCCGUGGCUUGAUGGGAUUCACGUCGUGUUUGGAAAAGUUAUCAAAGGACAGAGCAUCGUGCACGAGAUCGAGAUGCAGAAAACCGACACCGAGGACCACCCUGAGGAGGACGUAGUGAUCGUUGACAGCGGAGAGCUGCCACUGAACCUGCCCUUCAUCAUUGCUGACCAACCUUACGACGAGAACUUGUAGAGCAAAAAAUGCUGAUGCAACUGUGAUAGAAGUAUUGCCAGUAUUCGCAUUAUCCAACUAGGGCGUAUUUCCACUUCACUGAUAUGCAAUCCGGUGCGUUCCUAGAGCUUCCAUUUAUCCCCAUCAGCGUUUCAUUCUAGACUGUGAUCACGACUGUGUUGUAAGCCAGCUAUUGUGUGAAUGCAUCAAUAAAUUUCCACGUUCCUUUUAAAAUUUGCAGCUUGUGGGACUGGGCGAAAGCUGCAGCAAUUCCUCUGACUAUGUCUUCUCUAAUUUUACUAUUUUUCCACUGGGUGAUAAGGCAACUUGACAAACACCUCGAGAAAACGAAAAUCGAUUGACUUAUGACGCAAAUAGCAAAAUUUAAAAUUUAUUUAUCACCAGCAAGCUGAACAAUCUGCGCAUGAGAAAUCUUAAUUGUAAGAGCAGAACUAUACAAAAAGCUGCAAAUGCGUGUGCCGAUUUUAUCAAUAAAUAAUUACAAAAAGCA